CAAAAUAACUGAAAUGAGUGUUAUCAGAUGCUAUUUCAGUAUCUUAUACAAAUUAAUGAAAUUGAAAAGAUAUUUGGUUUUUUUUAGGUCUUUUUAUAUUAAAUUUUGUAAUGUUAUUUAUUUUGAAUUUAGUAAAUGACAGCGACGCUGAUCCGCACAGCAUACCAGUUGGUGGCAGUAAUGCUCCAAUUUGGUGUUUGCCAACCGCCAAAAAAACUCGAGAAGAAGAAGAAACCGGAAGCCCCUCCAUGGAAACAAGGGACGCCGUACAUCAACCAGGCAUUGUAGUCGCCCCCCGCUGAGUAGGCAGAGAUGAGAAUAGGUAGAUUAAAGCUGGUUACACUGUGGACCGUUUGACUUUAAACUUUAGAGGACCGUGAAUGGUCUUCAAACGAGUCUAUGAAGGAACUUUUUGUACUAAAGUCCGCCGCGUAGCAUGCUUUUCGCGGCUAGCUAGCUAGCAUUGCAGUCAUGGUUGGCUGCUGCUGGAACGACGUGUGUACAGUGUAGAAAGUGAGAGGUCUGUGUGUGUGUGUGUGUGUGUGUGUGUGUGUGUGUGUGUGUGUGUGUGUGUGUGUGUGUGUGUGUGUGUUUGUUUGUGUGUGUUUGUUUGUUUGUGUGUUGUGGCACUGGGAAGAUGUGGAACCGAGGCGGUCGAAGCUCUGCCCUGGACCGAGCGCAGGCGCUGCUGUCCGCGAGGAGGAGCGCCAGAGGAGACGCCGCUGAGUCCACACAGCGGCCCACGGACACUGCACGGACACACGCCGGUGCUGUGGGCGGGUCUAUGAAAACCAGAUCUGGGCCCCAAAAGGGCCACCCUGUGUUCUCAGAUCUGAGUGACCUGUCCUCGGUCAGCCCGGCUCCUGAGAACGGAGACGACACCGUGCUCUCUGUGAAGAGUCUGGGGAGAGAGGGGGGUUCUACUGAGGGCCUCAGACCUCAGAGGGCUAUGGGAGGAGGAGGAGGGAGCAGGUUCUUGAAGAAGGCCCCACCGCCUGCAACGAUCAGCAGCCAUUCACCUGUUAGCCGGUGCCAAAAGCAGCAGAUGCAUGAACCAAGAUAUGUGUCAUCUUCCCAGUAUGGCUCCAAGACUGCAGCCAUGAGUAGACUGAACAACAGAGAAGCAGCUGCUGCUGCUGCUGGGUCUCCAGCAGGCCCAGAUGUUGGUGUCCGGUCCAUGUCCAGAGCUGCUGGUGCUGCACUCUCUCUGGCAGGUUCGGAGACGAGGUCAACGAGGGUCGUGAGCGCCGUGAGUCUGGAAAGCGACGAGGAGGACAUGAGGAAACUGCUCGGAGACUCCUUGGAUUCAACGGACGGCAGCGUGGUGAAAGUGGGGAGGCCGUCCUCUGUGGCACACAAGAUGCUGGGCAAAGGCAAUCAGAGGGUCCACUUCACACCGCCUCCUGUUAGUCCCUCGCCACCUUCGAACACGGCGCCGCCUCGCUCCCCCGCCUCCCCCUCUUGCCGUAGUUCUCCUUUCCGAUUCACCGGCCAGAUCCAGGCCCAGUUCAGCCCCUCCGUUCUCUCCCCGGCCCCUUCCUCUCCCCGUGUUUCCCCCUCGCCGCAAAGGAGACUGAACUCUGCCGGCGGGGCAGGCAGUCCACAGCGUUCCCUCUCCUCCCUGUCGGGCCACAGCGAGGUUAUCUCUCUGGAGGAGCUCUUCCCCGCGGGGCCUGGCUCUGCACAUCUUCACAGCGAAAUGAGCUCAGUUUCCUCUGAAGAUGGACAACAAGACUUCAAGAUAAACGUGAUGUCACUAGACGACCUCAUCCCUGCUGCCUUUGGAUUUACAGAAGAGACAUCAACAAAGGAGAGAGAAGCCAAACACAUUGUCUCUGAUCAGCAGCCACCAAGACUGAGGGAGGAAGAGGAGGGAGACGUGCUGGACUAUCAAAGUGACUUUGAGAGCGAGAGCAGGUCGGAGACGAAUCCCAGCGCCAGCCAGGUUUCAGAGCACUUGCAAGGAGAUGGAGAUGAGGCAGAGGUGGUGUCGGAGGACGGAGAGGAGGCAUCGAACUCGGACGUGUCCCGCGGUAGGACGGAAGACGAUUACUCAAGCUCUGACUCGGACACAACCUCGCGGAUCUCAGCUCGCAGUCGCACCUCAAAGUCCGUCAGCACAAGUAGCACAAGUGGCACAAGUGGCUCCAGAUCCUCAGUGUCACACCAGGGGAGACGUGUUUCGGCCAGAAAAGUUUUAAAAGAGGCGGCAGUGCAGACGCAGCCCGAUACCAUGAUGCACACGUGGUCAGCUGGCACGGCUAUGUUUGACCCCAUGACCUACGUGAAUCCCACCCCAGUGGCUGCUUAUACUCUCAGUGCAGAAACCGUGGAAGCCCUCAGCACCUCCAACCCAGCUGCGUUUGUCCUCAACGAGAUGCUGAAACAACAGCUCGCCAUGACGAGGCGGUUCAUCGAGAGCAGCCGACAGCUUCACUCCAGUCUGGUGCGGAGCCUGGAGCCUCCCAACUACAGAUACACCACGCUGGAGGACACCAGGGAGAACAUUCGUAAGCACAGAUCUCACAAACUCACGAUGGAGGAGGCCUUAGAGGAGGUGCAGCGGGAGAUGAGGGAGAGCGUGUGACGGCUGAUGCAGAGUGGAACUGGAUUACUGAACCAACAAGUGUAGUGCAAGUCGGAGAGAUAGUUGCCAUAUAUAAGAUUUUAUUUAUACAUGAUUAAAUAUUAUUUUUCUACAAUGGAA